UGCUUUGAAUUGGAGAUGGAACAGCGGAUUCGAUGGAAGAUUUCAACAGUGUAUUUGAUGGAAGAUUCAGCGGCGGAUUCGAUGGAAGAUUCAACGGUGGAUUCGAUGGAAGAUUCAACGGUGGAUUCGAUGGAAGAUUCAACGGUGGAUUCGAUGGAAGAUUUCAACGGCGGAUUUGAUGGAAGAUUCAACGGCGGAUUCGAUGGAAGAUUCAACGGUGUAUUCGAUGGAAGAUUCAACGGUGGAUUCGAUGGAAGAUUUCAACGGUGGAUUUGAUGGAAGA